AUGUGUCUUCCUGGUUUUCACGUCGCUGAACCUGACGAUGUAACUUAUCAGGAUCAGAAAGGAGCAGAUAUCAUUGAGGAGGAAAUGAACGUGGAGAGUGUUCUCAAUUUUUUGCCAGAACAUAUGAACUGGAUGCAGCAUUUAGCAGUGUGUGUGUGGAUAGCUGUGGUGGUUACAGCGGGGUGUCAGAGCCUCAGAGCCGGCAGAUAUCCUGGCCAUGGCCCUGCGGUGGUCUCCACUGCUCAAGGCAUGGUGGCCGGCAUAACAGAGAAGUCACUCAAUGGUAGAAGUUUCUGGUCUUACUAUGGAAUACCCUACGCCAAGCCUCCUGUUGGUCAGCUAAGACUCAGGGACCCGCUGCCUGCAGAACCCUGGGACGGCCUUAGGAACGCAACUGUGGUGCCCCAGCCUUGUCUGCAAGUGGAGUUCCACACGGCUUUUGCAGAGAUGAGAUUAACACCACAGCAGGUGGUGGGCACCGAGGACUGUCUUUACCUCAACGUAUUCACACCUACGGUAGCGUCGCCACAGCCGUUGCCUGUAAUGGUUUAUAUUCCUGGAGGAGCUUUCUUCGCCGGAGGCACUCAUGAGUACCAGCCACACGUCCUUCUCAACCACGACAUUGUACUGGUUGUCCUCCAGUACAGAGUGGGCAUCUUGGGAUUCUUGUCAACGGAGGACUCUGUUAUUCCUGGAAACUUGGGACUGAAGGAUCAGACAAUGGCGCUCCACUGGGUGCAGAACAAUAUAUACAACUUCGGUGGAGAUCCUAACUGUGUUACCAUCAUCGGUCAGAGCGCUGGAGGGGCCGCGGUACACUUCCAAAUUCUUACUCCUAAAUCACGAGGUCUGUUCAGUCGUGCAAUCAUUCAGUCCGGUGUAGCCCUGGCACCAUUCGCCUUGGGAAAUCGUCACCGAGAGAUAGCUGAGCGGGUCGGAGGAUCCCUGGGCUGUGACACAAGGUAUGGAAGCACACAUCUCCUUGCCUGUCUACAAACACUCGACGCACAUGAGCUGACAGCAACUAUCCAAGAUUUCUUUGAAUGGAGCUUUCUGCCCCUUCCACUGGGACCACGUGUGGACGGAGACUUCCUCCCGGCUCACCCAGCGCUACUACUAAGAGACCGUCAGUAUAACCCCGUGGACAUCCUCUCUGGUACCACGGCUCAUGAAGGCCUCAUCAUCGCUUACCAAUCAAAGGACAGAAGAGGUGAAGAUGAGAUCAAGGCAGCUGUCACAUUUAGUUAA